UUCUCUUCUUUUUCGUUUAUAAAUAUGUCAUGUUCGAAAAUAUUUUCAGGAGAUUUACCUGAACUAAUAUAUGAAAUCAUUGAAUAUUUUCAAAAUGAUUAUUCAACCUUACAUUCAUGUAUUUUGGUUAAUAAACUAUGGUGUCGUUUAGCAAUUCCAUUAUUAUGGAAAAAUCCAUUUUCAAUCCCUACCGGAAAUUACAAUUUUAUUGAAAUUUACUUAUAUAAUUUAAAUAAAUAUUUAAAAGAAAUAUUAAAUGAAUACCAAAUUAUUGAUUCUUUAUUAACUUCAAAUACACUUUUCAAUUAUCCUAGUUAUAUAAAAUAUUUAAAUAUAAGUAAAAUUAACCCUUCUAUUGAGUUAUGGUUAAAAGCUCAUAAUAUAAACUUAAAUAUGGAUUUAGUAUUUGAAUUUAAAAAAUUUAUUAAUAUAUCAUUAAUUAAAUUAUUUAUUGAAAAUGAAGUAAAUUUACAUACCCUUGAACUUGAGGCCUCUAAUGCUUAUUAUACUAACACAUACUAUAUUAAUAAUAUUCUUGAAAUAAUUUUACAAAAUCCAAAUUUUAUUAGUAAUAAUAUUAUAAAUUUAAAAUUUUCUAUUUCAAGUUCUAUUAAUAAUAACCGUAUAUCACAAUUAAUUAAUUUACAACAAAAUCUCAAAAAAAUAUCCUUCAGUUCUAAUACCCUUCCUUUAUAUCAAUCAUUAUUAUUAUCAAAAGAAUCUAAUUGUUCAAAUACCUUAAAUACAAUCAUUUUCCGUGAUAUCAAUUUUAGAGGUAUAAAUAAUUUAGAUAAAAUAUUUGAACAAUUAAAUGUUUUGGAAUCUGUUCAUUUAAUUUAUUGUUAUUCUUUAAAUACUGAAUUUAUUCAACAAUUUAUUAAUUUAACUAAACCAAUUAAAUUAAAAUCUUUAUUUAUAAAUGAGAUUCCACGAAUUGAAUCAUUAGAAUUAUUAUUGCAAAAAUCUGGUAAUUAUUUAGAAAAUUUUGGGUAUGGAUUAAGAUUUUCUUUUUUUGGAAUGCAAACAAAACGACAAUUAUUAGAAUUAAUUAUAAAAUAUUGUAAAAAUAUUAGAUUACUUGAUUAUUGUGUAUUUAAUGACGACAUUAAUUCUUUAAUGUCCAGUUUAAUUGAAAAUAUUAAACAAAAUCUUAAUUAUCUUUCAAUCAAUUUAAGUAAUUAUAAAAAUAAUAAUAUCAAGUUAAUAUUACAAAAUUUAGGACAAACACUUCCUUCUAAAAUUGAAUAUUUAAGUUUGGUUCUUGACAUUAAAGUAAAUGAUAUUGAAAUAUUCUUAAAAAAUUCUAAAGUUACUUUCUUUAAGAAAUUGGUAAUUAAAAUUGUAAGCCAAAAAGAUGUUAAUUAUGUUGCUGUUGUACCUUAUAUAAAAGAAUAUAUUAUGAAGAAGAAAAGAGUUAAAUAUUUAGCUAUUAAGAGUACAAUUUUUAGUAAUACUAAGUUAUAUUGUAUGGAUUUGUUUGAUUUAAAAGACGAAGUGAAAGAAUUUAAGUUACAUAAUAUUGAAGUACUUAGUUAUAUUAAAUUAUUUACUGAUAUUACUGAUAUUUAUAGAUUUUCAAAUGAAAUUGAUUAA